AUGAAGCGGCCAGGGGGUGAGCUCAUGGGGAUGCCUCCCACAAAAGCACCGCAGCAGCCUGUUGGGAUGUGCAUCAAGAUGCUGGUGUCGCCAAAGGAAGGUGCUGCCAUCAUCGGGCCAUCUGGCUCCCACAGCAAGCAGAUCUCGGAGAUGACGGGCUCCAGGCUGCACCUGAGCAGCAAAGGCGAGUACUACCCAGGUACGCAGCUGCAGGAGCUGUUCGUCAAGGGCCCAAGUGCAGAUAGCGUGGCCAAUUGCAUCCUGCAGGUGCUGAACAGGCUGCAGGAGGAAACCGGAAGGAUUAGUGGCGGCGAGAACGAGGUGGAGGACGGUGGCGCUAGGGUCCACUUCGUCGUCCCCGUGCCGUCGAUCCGGGCGCUGAUCGGCAAGUCCGGUGAGAAUAUAAAGGAUCUCAGAAUGAACUCCGGCAUGAAAAUCCAUGUGGAGGAGAUCGUGAUUGGGGCGCAGGAGAUGGCGGAGCAGGUCGUUUCCUGCGCAGGAAACAUAGUUGGCCUGAAUACCGUCGUGCCUGCGAUAAUCGAAAAGGUCAAUGAAGCUGCAGUGCCACAGCCCUGGUUCCAGCGAUGGGCCUUUGACCCGAAGGCUUGUCCGAACGGCAAUGCGAGCUAUGCUUCUUACAGCAAGGGCAAGGGCAAAGACAGCUACGGCAUGAGCGGUGGCUAUGGUGGAUAUGGGGGAGGCAUGGGUGGAUAUGGGGGGGGCGGCUACGGUGGUGGCAUGAGCUAUGGCGGAAAGGGCUAUGCUGGCGGCAAGUCCUUCGGCGGCAAAGCUGGGAGCUAUGGUAAGGGCUACAGUGGAGCCGGUGCCAUCAGCACCUACGCCAGUGGCGGCAAAGGCCAGAGCUUGGGCGGCAGCAAAGGCUUCGCCACCUCGGCACACGUGGCGAGUGUGGACAUGCUGUCAGCUGCUGUGUCGGCAGUCCCCGACAAGCUGGCAGACGCAGCAGACAGAUCUCAGAGUCUUCAGUUGUCCUGCCCGUCCCACCUUGUCGCCGGCGUGGUCGGCAAGAACGGCACGGGGCUACAAGAAAUUGGAGCUGCGACGGGGACGGAGCUCGACGUACGGGACACGAUGGAUGCAUCCGAGAAAGCUAUCGUCGUCAGUGGCGGCGCGAUCGGCUGUGUCUCUGCUUACCUUCACGUCAUCUCCCGAAUGGCGACGCUGCAAGACAUGAUGAGCUCUGGUACACUGAGCCUCGACGACGGGUCUGCUGGAGCAGAGGCGUACGAUCCGGCCCAGGCUGAUACCUCCAACUUCCUGUGA